AUGUCUACACCAACCACCACGCCCCCAGGCUGCAAAUCAAACCUGAAUCCCAGGUACUUUAGACUUUGUGACACAGGUGAGAUUUGGGGCAUUGUUCUAGAAUCCCUGGCCGCACUCGGGGCUGUGACCACAGUGGGCUUCAUCCUGUCCCUCCUCGUCCUCGUCUGCAAAGUGCAGGACUCCAACAAGAGGAAGCUGCUUCCCACUCAGUUCCUCUUCCUCCUGGGGGUACUGGGAGUCUUUGGCCUCACCUUCGCCUUCAUCAUCCACCUGGAUCACUUCACCGGGCCCACACGCUUCUUCCUCUUUGGAGUCCUCUUUGCCCUCUGCUUCUCCUGUCUCCUGGUUCAUGCCUUCAACUUGACCAAGCUGGUGUGUGGCAGGAAACCACUCUCCCUGCUGGUCAUGCUGGCCCUGGCCCUGGGCCUCAGCCUGGUCCAGGAUGUCAUUGCCGUCGAGUAUAUUGUCCUCACCAUGAACAGGACCAACACGAACAUCUUCUCUGAGCUGACUAGAGAUCGGAGCAAUGAGGACUUUGUCAUGUUGCUCAUCUAUGUCAUGCUUCUCAUAGUGCUGACCUUCCUCACAGCCUCCUUCACCUUCCGUGGCAACUUCUCAGGCUGGAAGAGACAUGGGGCUCACAUCUACCUCACCACACUCCUCUCCAUCAUCAUUUGGGUGGCCUGGAUCACCCUCCUUUUGCUCCAACACUUUGAGCCCAAGUGGAAUGACACCAUCCUCAGCUCUGCCUUGGUGGCCAACGGGUGGGCCUUCCUGCUGGCUUAUGUCAUCCCUGAGUUCUGCCUGCUCACAAAGCAACAAAACCCCCUGGAUUACCCAGUUGAAGAUGCCUUUUGUAAGCCUCAGCACAUGAAACAGAGCUAUGGUGUGGAGAACAGAGCCUACUCACAGGAGGAAAUUACUCAAGGUCUGGAAGAGAUGGGGGACACGCUCUAUGCCCCAUACUCCACCCACUUUCAGCUCCAGAACUCCCAGAAGGACUACUCCAUCCCUCGUGCACAGAUGCAAACCAGCCCAUACAACAACUAUGAGGGCAGGAAGGACGGCAGCUAA